CUGCUCCAGACUGUAAGGCAUUUUCUUAUUGCCUACUUCCUGUUUGAGAUACCCAUAGAACUCUUCGAUCAGUUGCUCCCAGUGUGCUCGACGUUCUUUUCCACUUAGGAACGUAACGAAAAUUUGAACGAGAUCUGUAGCAGCACAUCCGAAAUGGCAUGUCUGAUAAUCUAUCACAGCGACCAGUUUAUGUUCUCCAGCACCUUUCUUCCAAAUAGUGUUCAUAGGAUAGAUAUCACCAUGACAAAGGACACUCCUCAUUCCAUUAAAUUUAUUCGGUAGUUCAUCAGCCCAUUUGAGAUUAUCGGCCAUAUCCGGAGCGAUUGCCCUCAAUCGUGCAACUUUACUCGCAAGUUUGCCACCGCUCUGCUCCAUCAACAUCGCGAAAACUUUUUCUCUUUCCUCUUCCAGAGUGAAUGCUGUGCACAAAGUUCUAAAUGGUCCACUGAAGAAAUUUUCCAUUUCUUUGAAUGGAAUGUCGAGUGAGGCAGCUUCGAGAACAGCUAAGUGGCGCAGAAGUAUCGUUAUCGAGGUAUUCCAUAAGUAUGUAGCCUUUCAGCGUGUUACGCUCGCAGAAUUCUCUCGCAUCGUAAAUACGCUUCAGGAAUGCUUCAAAGAAUUCCAUUGAUGUUGGUUGGCAAAAGUCGUUGUUUGAGUUUUCGAGCUUCGAAACGUGAGUUGUAUAUUUCACCCAAGGAAUGGGGGUAA